GAAAAAGCUAACAAAAUUUGAUAGCAGGCCACAGAACCGCAGACGCUGGUUUUGCAAAUGGACAAAGGUGGGUCCUUUCCUCUUUGUCCUUUAUAACCCAAAAUCCCUGCCUUUUCUCUCGCCUUCUUUUCGCAUUGCUUUCAGUGUCUCAACCCGAUUCACCCAGCUUCAUCCCUCUCUCUGCGGCUUUUCAGCAAACAGGAGCAAUGAUUCGGCUAAUUAGAGAAAAGGAGAAGCAGAAAGAACUUGCUGAAAAUGCCAGUAAGGGGUUACCCACCAGGAAACAAAGUGCAGGAGAAUUGCGCCUUCAUAAAGAUAUUUCUGAGUUGAAUCUACCUAAAUCUUGUAGCAUAUCAUUUCCCAAUGGGAAGGAUGACCUUAUGAAUUUUGAGGUUUCAAUUCGACCUGACGAAGGAUAUUAUCAAGGUGGUACAUUUUUGUUUUCUUUCCAUGUUUCUUCUAUCUAUCCACAUGAACCACCAAAAGUUAAAUGCAAGACCAAGGUCUACCAUCCAAAUAUUGAUCUAGAAGGAAAUGUAUGCCUUAACAUCUUGCGGGAAGAUUGGAAACCUGUCCUCAACAUAAAUACCAUCAUAUAUGGAUUAUAUCAUCUUUUCACUGAACCGAAUUAUGAGGAUCCGCUGAAUCAUGAUGCUGCUGCUGUGUUGAGAGAUAACCCUAAGAUGUUUGAAUCUAAUGUGAGAAGAGCUAUGGCUGGUGGGUAUGUGGGGCAAACCUUUUUCACAAGGUGCAUCUAGCUCUUGCUUAGGUAACAUCAAGUAGCAUGCUCUUGGUGCUUGAAUACAUGAGGGUUGUAUAAUUUAUUGACGAUAUGUUCUGCAAGCUUAUCUGAUAGUCUGUGGGUAGAGAGUGAGGGAAUUAAUUUCUAAGACCUUGACAACUGAAAUGCAAAUCUAAGUGUAAUCCCAUUUGUAGAUGAAGAUUCUCAGUCUCUCUCUGAACAAAGUCUCAGGGAUUAUGAUUGUUAUUUCCAACUGCUGUAAUUAGGUUUAGAAUGAACAUUUCUAUUCAUGUGAAUAGAUGUUAAACUGCAUAUCAUAUAGCCUAAGAGCAAUUAAAUGGAGAUUUGGUGGAAAUUAAGUUGGCCGAGUUUGGUGCUUAGAGGUUGUUUAGAUGAUUUGCAUAAUGGUUCAUUAAUAUUGGAUA